AUAUAGCUGCAAUUGAUGAAAGCGACGAAGGCGACAGCGACAGAGGCAGAGGCGACUAUUACAGAAGCAGCAGCAACAGCAGCCCAGCUCAGUGAGUCGCCAUCGCUGCUACAAAGCAGCUGCGCCACAUCCGCCGCCUCAUCCUGGCUGCACGAGCUCAUCCAGCCGGGCGAACAUGAGCCGACAUCGGCCUUACUCAACUACUGCAAACGCAAGUUCCUGCGUCCAUAUGUGGCCAUAUUGACGCUGGUUGGCCUCAAUCCCAUCUCGACGGACAUGAGCAAUGUCCGCGCCUGCUGCAGCUAUGUGCAGGCUCUGAUGGUGAUCUGUGUCCUGCUCACAGGAUAUGUGCUGCGCUAUCUUUGUGGCUACCGUGGAGAUCGAGGCUUUAGCAGCAUACGGGACAUACGACCGGGCAAUGGCAGCGACGUUUGUGGCGCCUCUGCUGCCACAACCACAACGAAUACAAUCGGAGAAUUGCUCUUCGGUUAUGUGGUGCCCAGUGUGCUCAACCUGCUGAGCUUCGGCUCGGCGGUGCUCGUCUGCAAGGUGAUCGAGCACGAGCAGCUCCAGAAUCUCAUUGAGCGUGUCUUCUUGCUCUCCGCCAAACCGAAGCGUCUGUGCCGCAUGUUGUGGUUGUAUUUGGGUUUGGCACUAGCUCUGCUCCUGCUGCUCUUUGGCUAUGCCUGCUGUGUGGUCAUCAUGCAGCCGGCACAGAUCAUAAAGGUCGCCUGGCUGGCGGAGGCACUGCGUGACUGGGAGUUGUGCCUGCGGAUUGGACUGCUGUGCACCAUUCUGGUGCAGGAUCUAGUGGAGAUAAUUGUGCUGAGUAGUUACUACAUUGAAUGCUAUUUGCUGCGCGUGCAUCUGGAGACGUUGUCGCACAAGCUGCUAAUGCAUUCGAUAGACUCGCUCGACUGGAUGCGAGAGAUUCUCGAGUUCCGCAAGCUGCUGGAGCGGGUUAAUCAACAUGUCUCCAUACCGGUUUGCUUUCUGAUUGUCAUGAAUUUGGCCUAUGCCUUCGCCGGUCUCACCUAUCUCUUCAAGGACUUUGAUUUCCACUAUUGUGCCCUGCAGCUGGUCCUGCUAAAUAUAGCGAAUGUGAUGCUGUGGCUAUUUCUGGGUCUGUUGCCCUUCUUUGUGGCCGGCUCUGUGACGCGUGUCUGCCAGAAUGCCCAGGCGAAUGGUCAUCAAAUCCGCGUGCGACCCUUUGUCUAUCACAAUACCUCUGCCGAGGAUCUCAAUUCAACGCUCCUGUUCGCCUCCUCGCUGGACAUGUCUGCCAAACUGUUUCGCAUGCCCAUCCAAUCGAAUUAUCUGUGCUUUGCCAUACUCGUGGUGACCAUUGUGGUGCUUACGCUGGGCAUGUGCCUCAAUUUGAGCGCCUUGGGCAGUUUCUGAUUUAUACAGUGAACACUCUUAACAAUAAACAUGUACUUAGUUUUAAUAAAGAUUUACGCAUUAGUAUUAAGCUUA